CUGCCACAUGGCCUACUGACUGUCUUUGCUUCGCUGUGCUGUUUUUCCUGGCUGCUUCAGCAAGGGAGCCCGAUGUCUUACGUGUACCCGGGGACGGGAGGAAUGUCUAUGCAUAGUGGAAGGCCACCGCCGCCGUCAGCUGGGCCUCCUGGUCACGUGACCAACUCAGCCCCGCCUCCAUCUGGGCCAGGUCCUGGGGGAUACUAUGGGAGGAUGCCUUACGGACCUCAGUACCCUCUUCCUCCUACCGCUCAGAUCCAGCCGACAGGUAAUGCCCUGUCCUCAGGGAUGCAGUGGAUGUCGAUACGUCCACCACCUCCUGGAGGAUCUGGAACAGUGCAGCCUCCAUCACGACUGCUGUCAUCUUCAGGACAGGUGGCUUCAGGACACGCAUUACCAGGACAAAAUUUAGCAGGACACACCGGUCCCCCUCCCCCACAUCCUACCAAGACAGGGCUACCGCCACCAUCGUCGCAUGGAGCUCCCUGGGCGUCCGAGCCUCCGAAAAAUCUCCCUCCCUCAAGUUCAGGACACACAGUUUCAGGACAGCUACCUCUGCCACCUCCAAUGCAACCUGUGGUGUCCUAUAAUUCGAACGUGCGAAUGCCUCCACCUCUUAGUUUAGGACAGCCGCCGAGUUCAGGACAACCGCUGAUGCCAGGUUCAGGACAGCCACCGAGUUCAGGACACGUUCCCGGUGGGGUACAAGGUCCGCGACCAGGACUCCUCCCAACGCCGCCCACUUCAGCACAAGGUCUCUUGCCAACUCCACCUCGGCAGCCACCGUCAGUUUCAGGACACGGAAUCCUACCCACCCCUCCUCCACCGACAGCAGGACAGGGAGGUUUGCUGCCUCCGCCAGCUCGGCCACCGGUAUCAGGACAGGGUCUCCUGCCGGCACCAGGACAGCUCCCCUCUCAUCCACCCAUGACAGGAGCUACUUCAGCUGGCAGGUACCCAAUGGCUCCUCCACCAGGUGUUAGUGGAGCGGCAGUGAUGACUCCAGGCCAUGGACUUCUCCCACCACCACCUCCUACAGUAUCAGGGCAAGGCCCACCUCCACCACAACCUACUGGAAUAGGAUCAUCUCUCCCUCCUCCACCUACUGGAUGGAGCUACAGAGGUCCCGAGUCAACAGGCAGUCGACCUCCACCUCCUCCUGGUUCUACUGGGGGAGGAGGGAUGAUGGGACAAGCUCCGCCUCCUCCUCCACCCACGUCGGCAAUGGCCCCGCCCCCUUCUCACCCUCACAUGGCACACCCUCCCAAUCCUCACUCUACACAACCACAGAAGCCCACAGUACCAGCUGACCCUGAGCUGAGGCCAGUCAACAUCAUGGAGGCCCGUCAGGUCCUGCCCCAGACCCCCCUGGUUCCCCCCAAAAUCAGCCUCCCCGGGGGGCUGGGGGUCUUCAACCCCCCGCCGCACAUCAUGUGCUGCACCAUGAAUGCUGUCCCCACCACCAGUAGCCUGCUGGGGAAGAUGAAACUACCUCUGGCCAUCCACAUCCACCCCUACAAGGACGUCAGCAUGCACGAGUGCCCGGUGAUUCACCCCAGUACCAUAGUCCGCUGCCGGGUCUGCAGAGCCUACAUCAAUCCCUUCGUCGUGUUCAUCGACUCUCGUCACUGGCGGUGUAACCUCUGCUUCAGACCUAAUGCACUCCCGGAGGAUUUCGACUACAACGCCCAGACUGGUAAGAGAGGAGACAGGGGUAUGAGAAUGGAGAUCAAAAGGAGCUCUGUAGAGUACAUUGCCUCCUCCGAGUACAUGUUGCGUCCACCUCAGCCGUGUGUGUACUAUUUCAUCAUCGACGUCUCCUACAACUCGGUCAAUUCAGGAGUGUUGGCCUUGACGUGUCGCUGCCUCCUGGACUGUCUCGGUCGUGUCCCUGGCGACGCCAGGACCUUGGUUGGCUUCCUCACCGUGGACUCUUCCCUCCAUUUCUACAACCUCAGUAUUGGGAACUCUCAGCCUCAGAUGAUGGUUGUUUCUGACGUCGAUGAUAUCUUUAUUCCUUCUCCUGAUUCUCUACUUGUCAACUUGAAGGAGUCAAAAGAUAUGAUUCGGACGCUGUUGGAGGACAUGCCUGGUAUAUUUGCGGAGACGCCCAUCACUGAGUGUGCUCUUGGGGCUGCCCUGCAAGUAGCUGAGAAACUCUUGCACUCCAUAGGAGGGAGAGUGACAGUGAUUCAGACGUGUCUGCCUACCACUGGACCUGGAGCCCUCAAGAACAGAGACGUCAACCCUCCUGCCACCAAGAAGGACACCAUCAACAUGGCCCCAGCCUCUGACUUCUACAAGAAGUUGGCUCUGGACUUGUCGUCUCAGCAGAUAGCUGUUGACUUGUUCGCCUUCUCCUCCUCCCAGUUCAUUGACCUCUCCACCAUCUCGUGUGUGUCAAAGUUCUCAGCAGGCCAGGUGUUCUACUACCCCGACUUCCACCACAGUCAGCACACCAGUCGACUCAGAUACGAGAAGGACUUCACGCGAUAUCUGACGAGAAAGAUAGGGUUUGAGGCUGUCAUGAGAAUUCGAUGCACUGAAGGUAUCAGUCUCCACACGUUCCACGGGAACUUCUUUGUUCGGUCUACGGACCUCCUCUCCCUCCCCAACACCAACCCGGACCACGGCUACACCAUCAGUCUCUCGAUUGACGAAAAUCUCAAGGAUAUGAGCACCGUGUGCUGUCAGGCUGCCCUCCUCUACACCAGCAGUCGAGGAGAGCGUCGUAUUCGUGUCCACACGCUGUGUCUGCCAGUCUCCAGUCAACCCUCUGUCCUCUACUCCAAACUGAACGUUGUCGCCAUCACUGGAGUCCUGGCUAACAUGGCUGUUGAUCGAGCUACGAGCUCCAGUAUUGGAGAUGCCAGGGAUGCUCUGUUGAACACUGUGGUAGACUGCACCAAGAUGUACCGCUCUCAAGUGGCCUCUGCCAACUGCCCUCCCUUCACCCUCCCCUCCUCCCUCGCCCAGCUACCCCUCUUUGUCCUCAGUCUCCUCAAGAACCCUGCCUUCACCCUGAGCUCAAGAAUCAGUUACGACGUUCGUGCGCAGACCAUGAACCUGAUAAAGUCCACUCCACUCUCCUAUUUAAUGCCCACCAUCUACCCCUCCCUCUAUGCACUUCACUCUCUCACUGAACAGAAUGUGGUGGAGACAGAGACUGGUGAGACUGUGGUGCAGGCUCCUCUACUGCAGCUGAGUCCUGAGAACACCUCGCGAUAUGGCAUCUUCCUCAUGGACUGCGGCCACGUGUGUCACUCUCUAUCAUCUUCUCUCUCUCUCGUGGUUUUUUCUUUUUCUCUCACCCUAUCUUGUGUCUUUCUUCUCUCCUUCAUUUCUUCCUUUGUCUGUUUCCAUCUUCUUUAUCUCUCUCCUCUCUUUCUCUCUCCUUCUCUCCCUCUUCACUUUCCAUCUCCUCUCUCUCUCUCUCUCUCUCUCUCUCUCCUUUUUUAUCGUCCAACUUUAAAUUUGCACAGAGUAUGUACAUAUGGGUGAGCAGUGAUGCACCGGAUGCACUCGUCUCAAAGAUACUGGGAGUCACCAACUUUGAAGCCAUCCCAGAAGACAUGGUAGGAACUCUGCGGUUGUACAUAGCUACAAAGAGACCACUUACCCCCUCCGCUCCCACUUCUUUACUACUCAUUGUGGCGAGCGAAGCGAGUCUAACAAGUUCAAUGCAGGAAGUUUCCGUAUGAAUUUUUUGCUCUAUUCAUUAUUAUAUGUGACGGACGCUACACAUACUGUAAUGUUCUAUCUUAUUCUAAAUACGUGCAAAACACACGCGAAAUAUUGCUCGCACUUGCUUGCCAAAAUUGCGUGGCAUUCGUCUAGUUAUAAUGUUUACCUGC